GCAGGCGUGGGGAAAAUGGCGGCGGCGGCGGCAGCGGCGGCGAACGGGACCGGAGGGAGCAGCGGGAUGGAGGUGGACGCAGCAGUAGUCCCCAGCGUGAUGGCCUCCGGAGUGACUGGAAGUGUUUCAGUCGCUCUUCAUCCUCUCGUCAUCCUCAACAUCUCAGACCAUUGGAUUCGCAUGCGCUCCCAGGAAGGGCGGCCUAUGCAGGUGAUUGGGGCUCUGAUCGGGAAGCAGGAAGGCCGAAAUAUCGAGGUGAUGAACUCCUUUGAGCUGCUGUCGCACACCGUGGAAGAGAAGAUUAUCAUUGACAAGGAAUAUUAUUACACCAAGGAGGAGCAGUUUAAACAGGUAUUCAAGGAGCUGGAGUUUCUGGGUUGGUAUACCACAGGGGGGCCGCCUGAUCCCUCCGACAUCCACGUCCACAAGCAGGUGUGCGAGAUCAUCGAGAGCCCCCUCUUUCUUAAGUUGAAUCCUAUGACCAAGCACACAGACCUCCCAGUCAGUGUUUUUGAGUCUGUCAUUGACAUAAUCAAUGGAGAGGCCACAAUGCUGUUUGCUGAGCUGACCUACACUCUGGCCACAGAAGAAGCUGAACGCAUUGGUGUAGACCAUGUGGCCCGAAUGACGGCAACUGGCAGUGGAGAGAACUCCACUGUGGCUGAACACCUGAUAGCACAGCAUAGUGCUAUCAAGAUGCUGCACAGCCGUGUCAAGCUAAUCUUGGAGUAUGUCAAGGCCUCUGAAGCAGGAGAGGUUCCCUUUAACCAUGAGAUCCUGCGGGAGGCCUAUGCUCUGUGUCAUUGCCUCCCAGUGCUCAGCACAGACAAGUUCAAGACAGACUUUUAUGAUCAAUGCAAUGAUGUGGGGCUCAUGGCAUACCUUGGCACCAUCACCAAAACAUGCAACACCAUGAACCAAUUCGUGAACAAGUUCAACGUCCUCUAUGAUCGACAAGGCAUCGGCAGGCGGAUGCGGGGGCUCUUCUUCUGAGAGGGCACCACACAGGUUUCUCAACUUGGAAGCCCUUGAUUCUACCCUGUCUCGGAGGCUUGAGUCCCUUUUUAGCAUCUGCUCUACCAACAGCUUUCAGUGACCAGCUGUUAACAGCCACUUGACAUGUUCCCAGGUCUAGUCAGAUGAAUUUUUUUUAUAAGAAUCGCCAGCAUCCACUCAAGGACUCUUCCCCUUAAAUGUCCUGUGACACCAACCCUGUAAACAAAUUACUUUCUCAAGCUGUACAGAAAGGAGUGGCUAAAAGGGGUAUUACACUUUUUUUGGAGCCAGCUCAAGUCCUUGGUUGUCUGUGCAUUGUAGCGCCAACAGAUCUUUUGAUUAUUGCUGACAUUUACUGCAUGCUAGUUACUGAGCUGUGUGCCGGGCUUGUGAGGCAUCUGUUGUACAACUCUACUUGAUAGAGCUGAGGUGAAGUAGCCUAAAUGUGGGCAUUUGUGACUUGUGCUAGGAGCUGCUACCUUUCAGUCCUGGGUUUUUAUUUUCCAAAACAAGGCUUUUGAGUUGGACCAGGGAGGUGAGAUGUCUGAUGAAGGUAUUGCCAGAAGUAGAAAUGUAGAGGCCCUUGCCCCAAGAAUCUGCCUGCACUUCAUGCUGGCACUAGAUCCUGUGCCUCAGCGUCCCAGUGAAAACAGUGGAGAUCCAACUCAGACAUAACCUUGUAGCAGGGCUUAGCUGUCACCACAUCCCCAGUAUCAUUG